CGAAAGCUGGGACAUUGGCGAACGUACAUAAUGCAUAAGUAGGAAGAUGGAGAUGCACAACUGGCCGAGUUGUGAUUCGAAGCUCAGAUCACAGACCCCGCCCCCCGACCGAAAAAUGAUAUACGCCCCGUUGAAAAGCCGAAAAACAAAACCAUGGCGCGCCUCCACUAUAUACAAGCUUUCAUGAAUUAUCUUCAAGUCCUCGUAUGGAACUACAGUCUGGCCGUUGCAAGAUUACUUACUAGGCUCAGAAAUGCGCCAUCAUUGAAACCUACAAACCGAAGAGAGAUACAGUAUUUAAUCGGCAUGGCUGAAGAAGACGAUAAAAGACCUGAAUCGUCCCCGUUCGCGGGGUUUACUACCCAUAUCUACUUUCGUGAAGGCCCAGACUUCGUUGUCCCGACUUCUCUGAUCCAGAAAUGUCCCAAACUCGUCCCGGACGGUGCACGAUGGCCUCCUUCAGCAAUACGGGUAGACGAUGUCACCUCGAACAUCGCCCACAUCAUUUUCUAUUACCUUCUCACCGGCACCUACCAGAGCCUGCGGCCAAAAGGAAGUUCUCACGAAGAGAAGCUCGGAAACGAAUUGAAGACUGGCGUCCAAUCAUACAACGCCGCCCGGACCUACGAGCUGCCAGCCCUGCAGGAGCUCGCAAAAGACGAGAUACAACGACUGGCACAGGAGCUCCCUUUCCCGCUCGUGCUGAAUCUUCUGCGUAACUUGCACUUAGAUCCAUGCGAGAGGGAGACUUGGCUCGACGACUACGUGCAAGCGGGUCUGAAGCAUUUAUUCCAGACCCCGACGGCAUUCCUAGACCUUACAGCUGCCCAGGUAGAGCACGAUGUGGUCUCGUUCAGCAAUAUAAUUCUGAAGAGUCUGGCCCACUUGCUUUCCAACGAAGUGGUUCUAACUCAGAAGGAUAUGCCGCCUAUGCCGACUCUUGAGCCUGCCGCGAUUGAAGACCAACCGAACCAUCAGGAGUCUCUCCGCGAACAACUGCUUCGUGAGGAAACACCCGGUCUCGUCGAGGCUGCAGCCCGCAACGAAGAGCCGAAUCAUUAUGCAGAGGUCUCAGAGCCUAUAAAAGAGCCAGAACUACCCGAGAUAGAGGCUGAACCCGCACCAGUAGCUGAGCCUGCGCCUGAACCAGAACCGGAGCCGGCGUUGGAGCCUGUUAUCGAGCAGCCUGCACCGGAGCUUAAGCACGACCAUGCCUACGACCAUAUUGACGAGCCCGUGCCCGAUCUCACAGCAGACGAACCUGCAUCUGAGCCCGCGCCUGAGACCAAAUCUGAAGAACCCGGGGCCUUCACCACGUUUGGCGCCAAGAAUGGUUUCAAACCCUCGAUAUGGGACUGGGGCACCGACACCACCAAGCCGAAGACAGAAAGCCCACAGCCCGAAGACGAGCCCAUCAGCUCACCCCCUGCUCUAGUAGAAUCUCCACCCGAGGCUGUCCCUGAGCCGAUCCCUGAAGCCCGCGAUACCCCCAUCGAAUACCCCGAGCCCGUCUCCGUCCGCGACUUCUCGCACGUCCUCGAGCAUCAGGCUCCAGCAGACGACAUCGCAGUGCCCUCCACGACUACCCCGGAGCCGACGAAGCGCGCCGAGACGCCGGUGGGGAGGACGGACAGCAAGAAGAGACUGUCCCUCUUCCGCUUCGCGACCGAGCCGGCAGACAAGUCGGCGGACUCGCGGGAAAGCAGCCGUGUGCAGACCCCCGAGCCCGCCAAACCCGUCCCUGUCGAGGCCCCCAAGGUCGAGCCCAGAGUCGAGGAUAACAAGGGUGUGAGCGCGGACGACGCCGCGAGCCCUGGUUCGUCAGCGUCGGCGGCAGCGGACAAGAAGAAAAAGAAGAAAAAGAAGAGCUUGUUCUACCGCUCCGAUGUGCUUUGACUAUACGGCGCCGUCGGUAUACCCAAUACAUUUUGGAUGUGAGGAGAAUGGGAGUCGUUGGAUAACUGGAUGCUGGACACUGAGGAAAUUGUAUGAUUUGGUAUAUUGGCAUAUAUGACCUGUUAAGGUGGAUGAAUGCAUGGAGGAAAGAGUCGAUUUGUGAUAUACAUUGGGAUUAAGGAUAUU